AUGGACAUCCCAGCCGUCAUCUCCAGUCCCUGGACCCUCCUUCCUACCGCAUUGGCAGCCCUUGUCGCCGUCAACAUGGGCUUGUUCGGCGGAAACAAAAUGCCCGUCGAGGGCAAGACGGUCCUCAUCACCGGCGCCUCCGAAGGCAUGGGCCUCUCCGUCGCCAAGAAACUCGCCGCCAGAGGCGCAAACCUCAUCCUCGUCUCCCGCAGCCCCGCCAAGCUCCAAGCGGCCCUGGAAGCCGUCAAGGCUUCCGCCAAGAACCCCUCCCAGCGCUUCCACUACAUACCCGCCGACGUGUCUGCGCCCUCGUACGCGGCCCCCCUCGUCGCCGCCGCCGCCGCGUGGAACGGCAACCAGCCCCCCGACAUAGUCUGGUGCGUCGCCGGCACCUGCGUGCCCCAGCUCUUCGUCGACAUGGACAUGGCCUCGCUCCGGCACCAGAUGGACGUCAACUUCUACGGCACGGCCGACAUGGCGCACGCCAUCCUGCGGGCGUGGCUGGCCCCCGAGGCGAGCGCCGCGCCGGAGCCGAAGCAUCUCAUCAUGACGACGAGCGUUGUCGCGCUCUACACCGUCCCGGGCUAUGCGCCGUACGCGCCUUCCAAGUGGGCGCUGCGCGGCCUCGCCGACACCAUCUCGCAGGAGGUCAUGCUCUACCCCCAGCGCGUCGACGUCCACGUCGUGUACCCGGGCACCAUCCUCUCUGCUGGCUUUGAGCGCGAGCAAAAGGUCAAGCCGGAGAUUACCAAGAUUCUCGAGUCGAGCGAUCCCAAGCAGACGCCGGAUGAGGUUGCCGAGGCGGCCAUCCGCGGGCUCGAGAAGGGCCAUUACUUCGUCACGGUGAAUUAUCUGGGGAACCUGAUGCGAUGGGGCAUGUUGGGCGGCUCGUUCCGCAAUAACUGGCUGCUUGACACGCUAGGCGCGUGGUUGGUGGCUGUUGUCUGGUUCUUUGUGCAGUUUGACCUGCAUGGAAAAAUCCGGUCGUACGGUAAAAAGAACGGGCAUCCGAGCACGUAUCAGAAGGGUUGA